CAGUGUUCUGCGGAGUCCGUAAGGCACAAGGAGCUGCUGCGGUGUCUGGUAGGUGUGGAGCGUUCCCCUUGCCCCCCGGGGCUGGGGCUGCGAGAGCUGAGCCCCUGACCCCUCCUUUGCCCACGCAGGGGAAGAAGCAGCAGGAGCUGAGGGAAGCCAUGGAGGAGCUCAGGAGAGAGGUCAGUGUCCCCUCCUGCGCCCAUGUCGGCCAGCAGCGGCGGCUGGGGCUGUGUCAGGGGCUCAUUGCCUGUGUCCGGCUCCUCUUCCCAGAACUGUGAUGUGGCGCGGUGUUUCCGAAACAACCGCCAGGAGCUCCAGGAGCUGGAGGGGCUGGUGGCCCAGACAAAGGAGCACUUUCAGAUGGAGAACGGGGAGGCAGGCGUGAGCGUGGAAGAGGCGCAGAAGGUAGAGGGGAGAAGGAGGCCCGUCCUGACAGGGUCAGGGAGGGGGGUGCCAGUGCUGGGGCCGUGCAGCCCAGCAGCCGCAGCAGGGCAGGGGCUGGACGAGGACCCCCGUGGCACCGGCGAGGGCCCACCGCCAGACUACCCGGCACCCCCCUCCCAAUCCAGAGGCCCCAGCCCUCCAUCACGGAUGCCAUCGAGGCCCAAAGGAAAGGUCCUCCCCAGCCACACCACUGCUGCGGCUGCUGGGCUGCACGGCCCCAGCACUGGCACCCCCCCUCCCUGACCCUGUCAGGACGGGCCUCCUUCUCCCCUCUACCUUCUGCGCCUCUUCCACGCUCACGCCUGCCUCCCCGUUCUCCAUCUGAAAGUGCUCCUGCAGGAGAGGAGGGGAAGAGGAGCAGCCGUCAGGGCACCGGCACACUCCCACGAGCGCACUGCCCUCCGCCUUAUCCCCUCCCGGCUCCCUUCGGGCACUGCCUUGGCCCUCGCGUCCCCUCUCCUUCCCAGCCCUGCCGGCACUGCGGGCAGACAGAGGGACCCCCAGGCCCAACUCUGGACGUGGUCCACACCUGGACAUGGUCCCGAGCGCCUGGCUCUCGGUGACCCUGCUCGAGCAGGGGCAAGUGCACGAGACAAGAUGAUCUCCAGAGGUGCCUUCCAACCUCAAGCCGUCUGGGAUUCUGUGAACUCACCUUUGUCUGGGCCACCAGCCCCUCCAGCUCCUGGAGCUCCUGGCGGUUGUUUCGGAAACACCGCGCCACAUCACAGUUCUGGGAAGAGGAGCCGGACACAGGCAAUGAGCCCCUGACACAGCCCCAGCCGCCGCUGCUGGCCGACAUGGGC